CCAGUAAUGUGACAAAUUUCCGUCUCCACUGUAGAUCUGAUGUAUUGUAUAAUAAUAUAAUAAUGUGACGCAUUUAUAUAGCGCUCCUCAGUAACGUAACUGUUAAAGCGCUGUGGGAUAUCAAAUUAUUACGCCGGUCUCCACAGAAAUCAAUCAGGGGUUUCAAGGAGCAACCAGAAGGCACCCACUUGAACUUGACCAGUCGGGGAACCAAGGAGUGACUGCAGUUGGAACCAGCACUUUGGGUGAAUCUGAAGACCUUGAAAAGAAGGUUCGAGAGGCCCUUAAUAUUGCUUAUUGCGCUUCCACUGGUAGGGCUCGUUUCCCUUUAAAACAGCGAUCAUCACAAAUGGAUGGUCACUGUUCAUGGCUUACCCGAUGGACUGCAAAUACCACGCUCUAUGGGGAGCAUGGGGAAGGCAAAGAUGGCAGAACUCCUGGCAGUGAUUCCGAAUUUAAAAAUUGUAUUAAACAUUGCAUCAAGCACCCUACCUGAACAACCACAUUAUGCUGCUGAAGAAAUGUCAUCCGACACCUCUAGUAUGCCACAGGUAUUGGUGAUGGAUGAUGAAGACACCCUCAGCUUAGAUGAAGAAGGAUCUCUACCAUUGACCAACACCAGUGAAGUUCAACCCAGUGGCAGUGCUACAGCCAUGCUCAAUUACCUUGCGGGAGGUGGGCUUGGAGUUGCUCCAGUUUUACCCUUGCCUAUGCCACGACCAGCAGUAUUUUCAAAGAAAUCUUCCAUUCGAGAUAACAAGGGCAGUGCGUUCAAGAAGUCGGUGAACCCAAAGUCAGCAGGGAGGAGGAAUUGGGAGUUCGGAUGAAGAACACAAAAUCCAGGGUUGGCAUGAGAAAGAAGAAGUCAGCGAAACCGGAUGCAGACGAGCAAUUAAGCGAAGAUGUAGCCAAACUUGCAUCUUCGAACCAAGGUAUAGUCGAGAAGAUCUAAAAGCACCGAAAAAAUAAGGGUGUUCUCGAAUAUCGAGUGAAGUGGGUUGGCUACGACGGUCCACAAGAUGAUACAUGGGAACCACUCCGUCACCUCACGAGUGAACACUCACAAGCCAUGCUGAGAGAUUAUCGGACGUCUUCAAGUGCCAAAUAAGCCAGUAUACAUGCAGACAUGACGAGUUGUUUAAUUAUGCGACAAUGUUACUGCAUAAAAUCGCUUUUCAAAAUCAUUUGUGACAUGUACAUGUAAUGUUGUUUUCUGUAA